AUGCACGAUAAAGGCAUAAUUGAAAUCAACUUUAUCCAGUGCACAUCGCAGGCAGCCGAAACACAGCCCGAAGACAUGUCUCGACUUACGAUUUUCUUUAUCCUCGCCCUGACGUACGAAGUUUUUGGAGAUGCUAAAGGUGCCAAAGAUUCAAACGCUGCCGCGUCCGGGCUGUACUCGAGCAUUAUUGGUGGCGGCCUCGGCGGCCUGGGCGGCGGUAUCGCGCCUGCCGUCGUAGCGGGCUCCGCCAUAGGGGGCGGUUCCGGGCUCGGAGGUAUCGGCAACGGUCUCGGAGGAGGAGCGGCACUGAACAAUGCCGCCGCCGUGGGCGCCGCUCAGCUCAGCGCCAUCCAAAACGCACAGGCCGUGCAGGCCGCCCAGAUCGCCAACGCCGCGGCCGCCGCUAUUCAGGGUGCCCGUGUCGCUGAGGCCGACGCCCGUGGCAGACAGGCAAACGCCAUUCAAAACGCUCAGGCGUUGGACGCCGCACGUAUCGCCAACUUGCAGCGGGCACAGGCCGCUGCCAUUGAAAACGCCAGGGCUACGGAGGCAGCGAGAAGAGCGGCGGCCGCGGCCGGCCUUGAAUUAGCCCGCGCCGCGGAGGCUGACCGCGUCGCUAACGCAGCACGUGUGCAAGCCAUCGCUUACGCCAAUACCAGGGCUGUUGAAGCCUCCCGUAUCGCCAACGCCGCCCGCGCUCAGUCUGCUGCGGUGGCCACUAGCGCGGCGCAAGCGCAGGCGGUGGCUGAUGCCGUGGCUAGGAACGCUCAGGAGGGUCUUCUUCUCAGCGGUGGCGGCAAUACCGCUGUGGUGGGUGUAGCCCCAGCUUCGGCCGGUGUGGUGAUCAGCUCCAGCGGUCUCGGUGGUCUUGGCGGUCUUGGCGGCUACGGCGGAUCCUGGGGACUCGGCGGCGGUUACGGCGGCGGCUACGGCGGAUAUGGAAAACACUAAAAUACUGUAGUGAUAUAGUACUCGAUAAUAAGAUGUUAAGAUUUCUACAUCCAUUUCGUCACGUCACUGAGAAAUGGUUAGCGGCAGAUACAUUACAACUGGUUGUGUAAAUAUUAUUAGAACUUAAUAAAUACAACAAUUGCAUCCA